UCCACUUCCGGGUUAGAGAGCCUGGGAGGACAGGAUCUCAGUCAACCUGGACUAAUUCGGUACUUGGUCCUUCCUGGUGAUCUCCGUUUCUCCCGCGCACUACGGGGGUCCCGCCCCACUGGUUCCCAGGCCUUUGGCUCCUGUCCCGGAAGGCCGGUGCUCUGCCGCACGAUGCCCCAGCUCGGACUCCUACCCAGGAGGACCUGGGCUACGCUGCUCAGCCAGCUCCUGCGACCGCCCCGCGCUGCGUGCAUCUCUGCAGUAGGUUGUCAUAGCCAGGUUGCAGAGGCAUUGUUAACAUCCCAACCUAAACCACAUCAAGAGAAACCAAAUUUUAUCAUUAAGAUCCCGAAGGGCACCAGGGAUCUUAGUCCUCAACAGAUGGUUGUGAGGGAGAAAAUUCUUGAUAUGGUUGUCAGCUGUUUUAAACGUCAUGGAGCAAAGGGUUUGGAUACCCCAGCAUUUGAGCUAACGGAAAUGCUAACUGAGAAAUAUGAAGAGCACUCUGGGCUCAUGUAUGAUCUGAAGGAUCAAGGUGGAGAACUGCUGUCCCUUCGCUAUGACCUUACUGUCCCCUUUGCUCGUUAUCUGGCCAUGAAUAAAUUGAAGAAGAUGAAACGCUACCAAGUUGGAAAGGUGUGGCGGCGAGAGAGCCCAACAAUAGUCCAAGGCCGCUACAGGGAGUUCUGCCAGUGUGAUUUUGACAUUGCUGGUCACUUUGACCCUAUGAUCCCUGAUGCAGAAUGUUUGAAGAUCAUGUGUGAAGUCCUAAGUGGGUUACAGCUAGGGGACUUUCUCAUUAAGGUCAAUGACCGGCGGAUAGUGGACGGGAUGUUUGCUGUUUGUGGUGUUCCUGAAAGCAAGUUCCGUGCCAUCUGUGCCUCAAUGGACAAACUAGACAAGAUGUCUUGGAGAGAUGUGAGACAUGAGAUGGUGGCAAAGAAAGGCUUGGCUCCUGAGGUGGCUGAUCGAAUUGGGGAGUAUAUCCAAUGUCAUGGUGGAGUAUCUCUGAUAGAGCAAUUGUUUCAGGAUCCCAGACUAUCCCAGAAUAAGCAGGCCCUGGAGGGCCUAGGGGACCUGAAGUUGCUUUUUGAAUACCUGACUUUAUUUGGAAUUGCUGAGAAGAUAUGCUUUGACCUAAGCCUGGCUCGGGGUGUGGACUACUAUACAGGAGUGAUCUAUGAAGCAGUACUGCUACAAACCCCAGCUCAGGCUGGGGAGGAGCCCCUGAAUGUGGGCAGUGUGGCAGCUGGUGGGCGUUAUGAUGAGCUGGUGGCCACGUUUGACCCCAAGGGCCACAAAGUGCCAUGUGUGGGCCUAAGCAUUGGAAUAGAGCGAAUUUUCUACAUUGUGGAGCAAAGGAUGAAGAAUUCUUUCAAGAAGGUACGGACCACAGAGACCCAAGUAUUUGUGGCCACACCCCAGAAGAACUUUCUCCGGGAACGGUUGAAACUAAUUGCAGAGCUUUGGGAUGCUGGGAUCAAGGCAGAGAUGCUAUACAAGAACAACCCUAAACUAUUAACCCAACUGCACUAUUGUGAGAACACAGGCAUUCCAUUGGUGGUCAUUAUUGGUGAGCAAGAACAGAAGGAAGGGGUCAUCAAACUCCGUUCGGUGGCCAGCAGAGAGGAGGUUGCCAUUAAACGGGAAAAUCUUGUGGCUGAAAUUCAGAAGAGACUGUCUGAGUCUUGAUCCUUGCCUGGUUGCCAUCUGCUGCUCUUUGUAGAAAAAUUUUCAUCCAGGACUGAAUUCCUGAUAGACUUCACAACAGCUGGCCAGGAUGGGUGACAAGUGCCUUCUGCCUCCUCUGUCCUUUCUGAAUACGGAACUAUAGAAGGCCCUAAGGACUCUUGGGCUAGUGUAAGCAGCUACUCUGCCUGGUGCAGAUGGCUGGUAUGUGAAAGAGACAUACUUUUGCUGUAGAGGCAAAUUUGAAAUGCCUCUGAAUGCUAUGAAGAGGUGCUAAAAUGGUUGCUGUGAUCAGGGCUCUGGAAGAGUUGCCUCAGGCUGAGGAUUCUGAACCAUUGAGAUCAGAUGCCAGAUACUUAGCUUUUCAUUGUAGUGUUGGAACCAGAUUCUGGGGAAUUUGUCCACAAGUCCUUGGCCUGUCCAGAGAGUUUUGGGAAGACAGCACGGAUGGACAAUGGCUAUUUUCUGCUACAUCUGAGGACAUAGAUGGUAUCUCAAGAGCAUGGUAUUAUUUCUAGCCUAUCCACUGGUAACAGUAGCAGGAUGGGGCUGUCUGUUUAAUAACCUUGAAUAUUGAACUUAAUAGGUGAAUUGAAUAGAUGGAGAUCUGAUCUUUUGAGAUUUUGGAGACCAUUUUCUAUGCCAGAAUCAUUGCUGUGACUAUUCUACACUGCCAUGGAGGCUCUUCUAGAAUUGGUUGGAUAAAAUAUUAAAUAAAAUAUUAAGUGUAA